GCCGGGCUGCCUUCAGUUCAGUGCGCCGCGCAUCCUCGGACGUGCAUCGUGUCGGUAAGUUGCGCUCGCGUGCGAGCGAUCGAGACAUGUGAUUCAUCGCGCGAUUGCGGAGAGCGACGAGGAGAAAAAAUGACAAGAGGAGAUCCUAUACGAUCGUCGACGGCCUAAAGUGAAUCAAGGAAAGCGUGAAGAUUUCUUUUAUACGAGAUAGGAUCCGUUGAUGUGACGUCGUGCCGUCUUACGCAGUUCGUUCAAAGACAUCUUUCUCCGAGUGCACACUUGGUACUUUUGCUGAUAAUCGAAUUUUACGAACGGAUAUUCCAACUACAUUCAGAAAGACAUUUCGAAAAUUACACAUGACAUUACGUUUUCCGCGAAGAACUUUAUAAGAAAUAACUGUGCCAAAACGUCUGCAAAUGUUUGUGUUUGUAAGUGUGAAAAAACAAUAAUAAAAAUAGUGCUCAGUAUAAAUUGAAUAAUACAAGUUAUAGUACUUUGUGAUUAAAAAUAUGUGAAAUGUCAGAACAAUAUUUUAGCAACAGUCGAAGAUAAUUCACGGAAAAGGAGAAAAUUAAUUAAAAUUUAUUAAAAUUUCUGGAAAUCUGGAUAAAAGAGAUAAUCGGAAGAUAAUCGUCAAUAUAUAUAAGACCAAAUUUCCGGAUCGUAGUCGGUGACUUUAAGUAGAAGAAACAGUAAUUUUGAGAAAAUGGAGAACUCGCUUCGCCGGAAGACUAGAUCGGCUUCGAUUUGCGCUCCGGGAUUUUCGAGUAUGGAACAAAUGUUGGAAGCUAUGCCACCCUCGGGAGCUCGUGAAAGGGAGAGAGGGGAACGGGAAAGGGACAGCGGCAGUGGAACACCGGAUGGCAGUACACCUACGAGAAGACGAAGACCAGCUACAAGAUCCCAGAGCGCUCGGGUUUCCGGCGGAAACAAAAGCAUUCGUCGCCGUGCCGCUGCUCAAGCCGCCGCCCAUCAUCAUCAUCAUCAUCAUCAUCAUGAAGGGGGUAUGAAAUCGGCCCACUGCAGCAGCGAACCUAAACUCACCGAGAAUGACGUCAGUCCGGGGAUUAGAAGACGAGGGAGUCGGAGGGGACAGAGUAUGCAUCACACGCAUCAGAGGAAGAGCAAUGCCUUCCUGGACGUACCCGAUGUCUCAUCUCAGAUGCCACCGCGGGAGGAAGGCGAAGAUGAGGAUAGUUACAGACUUCGUAGCUUUAGUCUCACCAGCAAAGGUCAGAAAUAACUCUUUUCCACUUGUUGCAAACGUAAACAAGAGAUUAUACUUUUUAUGUUAAAACAUCGGAACUUCGACUCUAUUUUGCUAUGAUGGAUUUGAUAGAAACCCAACAUUGGAUU